AUUCACCUUAUAAAGUGUACGCUGUUGCUCAGGCUGGCGACGCCCGCAAGAUCGAACUGGGCGCCAUCCCUGCGGAGCACAACCUGAAGGUCAACUCCCCGGUCACCUUCACGCUGAACAUGAACGGCGCCAAGGGCAACAUGGACGGCAAGGUAAUUGCUCCCAGCGGCACCGAGGACGACGCCUUCCUCAGCAAGAUCGACGACGACCAGUGGGCGUUCCGCUUUAUCCCGCGGGAGAAUGGCGUUCACCGGCUGCACAUUCGCUUCAACGGCGUCCACAUCCCCGAGUCGCCCUUCUCAAUGCGCAUCGGCCACGAUGACGCCGAUCCGGCGGCCGUCCACGUCAGCGGCGCCGGCAUCAAGGAGGCUCGCACCGGCGCCAAGACUGACUUUAUCAUUGACACCUGCAGCGCAGGUGCUGGCACACUGGCCGUCACCAUUGACGGGCCCUCGAAGGUUUCAAUGGACUGCACCGAGGUGGACGAGGGCUACAAGGUGCGCUACACGCCCCUCGCUCCUGGCGAGUACUUGAUUACAGUGAAGUAUAACGGUUAUCACAUUGUUGGCUCGCCCUUUAAAGUUCGAGCUAUGGGCACCAAGAGCAUUGCCGACAUCUCAACGGGCGAACAAACGCAGGUGGUGGUGGAGACGGUGACGAAGAUGAGCCGAGCGAAGGGCGACGUCAUGCCCAAGUUCAAGUCGGACGCCAGCAAGGUGGAGAGCAAGGGCGUCGGUCUGAAGAGAGCAGUCCUCAAUCGACAGAACAACUUCAACGUGAACGCCUCCAAUGCUGGCAACAACAUGCUCUACGUGGCGGUGUACGGUCCUCGUGGUCCCUGUGAGGGCAUCGACAUCCGCCAUCAAGGCCGAAACAACUACAAUGUGACGUACAGCUCGCGAGAAAAGGGCGAGCACAUAAUUGUGGUUAAAUACGGAGAAGAACACGUGCCAUUUAGUCCAUUUAAAGUGGAAUGCGCUCCAUAA